UCGGAGGCUGGGCAAACGGCCGGGUAUAAAACAGUUGAUCGCCGACGAAGCCAGCAUCAGUCACGCUUAACUUCGCUUUCCUGCUCGACACAAGCUGCCAACAUGAAGGUCGUGAUUGUUUUGCUCGCCGUAGCUGUCUGCGUCUUGGCUGAAGAAAAAUACACUACCAAGUACGACAACAUCGAUGUGGAUCAGAUCCUGAGGAGCGAACGUCUUCUGAACAACUAUGUAAACUGUCUGCUGGAAAAGGGAAGCUGCACCCCCGACGGCAAGGAGCUUAAAAAAUCGCUUCCGGACGCUCUGCAGAACAAGUGCAGCAAGUGCAGCGAGAAGCAGAAGACUGGCAGCGAGAAGGUGAUCCGGUUUCUGAUACACGAGAAACCGCAAGUGUGGGAGAGACUGUCGAAGAAGUAUGACCCGACCGGCGUCCACACGGAAAACUUCAAGGAAGAGGCCAAGCAACGCGGCAUCAUCUUGUAAAUAGCGCGAGGAUGUUCAAUGCUCCAAUCGAACGCUGACGAACACACACACACAUAAAAAAAAGAAGAAGAAACAACACGAUAUUUUGCUCACGUAAUUCCUUUGAUUUGUACGCAAGCUCAGACUUUUGGAAAAUAAACAUCGUAUAGAACCAAACAAUAAAGAACAUACAAUUGUUGUAGUCAUUA